GUAGCAAAGUUUGCAAUGCAAAUAAGUGUACACAGGAGAAAAGAACGCCUGAGAUUCUGGCGUCGGAAAGCAGAGGGCAGGAGAUGGAAACGGAUACUCAGUGAUGGAUCUGCAUGUAUUACAAGCGAAUAUCAAUCACUCUGCUAGAGCGCAAGACCUGUUGAUGCAGAGCAUGGCAGAGUGGCUGAUAAACAUCGCUAUCGUUGCUGAACCAUAUUAUGUGCCACCUAGAGACAACUGGGCGGGGGACGAGGAAGGUUUAGUUGCCCUCAUUUCGUCAGGAUCUCCACCAAUGGAGAAUAAAUCAAGAGGUAGGGGCUUUGUGGCUUCACAUGUCGGGGAUCUGCUGGUUGUAGGAGUGUAUUUCUCACCUAAUCGACAGCUAGCAGAGUUCGAAGAAUUUCUUGGGCGACUUGGAACUUUUGUGGGCAGCAAUCGGUCUCGGCCCGUCGUUAUCGCAGGAGACUUUAAUGCCAAAUCAACGGCAUGGGGCUCCCCCGUAACAAGUGCAAGGGGACGGCUAGUUGAGGAGUGGGCCCUUGAACUAGGCUUGGUUCUGCUCAACCGGGGCAGCGUACAGACAUGCGUCCGACAUAAUGGUGGCUCCAUCGUGGACCUUUCGUUCGCGAGUCCCGUCAUCGGACGGCGUAUAUCCGACUGGAGGGUGGUUGAAGGGUCGGAGACAUUGUCGGAUCACAGAUACAUCCGUUUCAGUGUCUGCACAAAUUCAUCUCCAUCACACACACAACGUCGAGCAACUGAAAGCGGUGAAGGUCCACGGUGGGCAGUGAAGAAGCUCAAUCGGGAAGACUUGGAAGAGGCCGCCAUCGUGUUGGGUUGGGCUACACCAGUUCAUAGUGCUAGCAUUGACAUAGACGAGGAAGCUAUGCAGUUUCGACAGGCACUUACACAUUUAUGUGACGCGGCGAUGCCACGUAUACGGUAUCGCGGACCCGUAAAACGACAAGUGUACUGGUGGUCGCAGGAGAUCGCCGAACUACGGCGCUCGUGUGUCAAUGCACGUCACCGGUACGCAAGAUUCCGUAGGAGACGUCGCCGCCCUGAGGACGCACCUGUGCGUGAAUCCGAAUUGUAUGCUUUGUAUACAACCGCGAAGAAAGACCUUCAGUUAUCAAUAAAAGCUGCAAAAGUCCGAGCACGAGAGGAACUAUUGGCCAUCCUGGGGUAAACUUCGAGCUUGGACUCCCCCACUGACGCAAGUUAUGAGGCCACAACUCCUUCAAGAGGUGGUAUCUGCGCUGUUUCCCGAAACCGAUGCCCACUUCACUCCUCCACCUCUAUCGAGUCGCGCAUUUGAUGAGAGGACAGCCGAUUCGACUGAUAGUUGUCCGGAUAUAACAGAGCAGGAGUUACAGAAGGCAAUUGAUAGGCUCAGGGUUAAAAACACAGCUCCCGGACCAGACGGUGUUCCAGGCCGAGCUCUUGUGCUAGCUUUAAAAUCGUUGGGCCCUCGCCUUUUGCGGCUUCUUUCAGCGUGUCUUCAACAGGGACGGUUUCCGAUGAUCUGGAAGAAAGGAAAGCUGGUCCUCCUGCGAAAGGAAGGGCGUCCGGCUGAGUCACCGUCUGCUUACCGCCCCAUCGUGUUGCUAGACGAGGUAGCUAAAAUCUUCGAGAAGAUCAUAGCAGAUCGCCUCGUCCACCAUCUGACACACGUGGGCCCGGAUCUAGCGGACAAUCAAUUCGGUUUUCGGCGUGGGCGCUCUACUAUAGACGCAGUCUCUCGACUGAAGAGCAUGGCACAGCAGGCAGUUGCACAGGGGGAGGUUGUGUUGGCGGUGUCCCUAGACAUAGCCAACGCGUUCAACUCCAUCCCUUGGUGUUGCAUAGAGGAGGCACUUGUUCACCACGGGG